AUGCCCCCCCCGCCCGCCUCUCCCCGUGAAGCAGGGGGUUCCUGGCGGCAGCGCGGACCCCUACCUUUUGAGGCGCCUUCAGAGUUCCGCUUCUCCCCCGUCGCUCCCCAUCCCGCUUUUGCCUGCCGCGCAUCAAAAGUCCCCUUUUCUGCUGUUCCUCCGCUUUCCCCUCCGCCCGCCUUCCCCGUCAUUCAGGGGGUUCCUGGCAGCAGCGUUGACCCCUGCCCCGGCGCAAACCAGUGUCCCAGCAAGAACGGAUGCUUCAGCCGGGGCGACUACUGCGACGGGGUGAAGAACUGCGCAGACGGCAGCGACGAGUGGCCCUGGAUAUGCAGCUUCGACAUGGACUGUGGCGCACUCAACGCUACUCACGUCCUCUGCCCAGACUCCCCCAGCGUCUGCAUCCUUCCCGGGCAGUACUGCGACGGAAAAACCGACUGCCCGGACGCGCUCGACGAAAACCCCGGCUUCUGCGCGAAUUUCACCUGCCCGAGAAACAGCCUCCGCUGCCCGGGGCUGAGCACGUGCAAGCCGGGAGGGGCGCUGUGUAACGCCGUCCCCGACUGCCCGGGAAAAGCUGCCGGGAGUGUGGCUGUGGAUGAAGAUCCGGCCUUCUGCCGGGGUUAUACUUGCCCGAAGGGGUCGUCUAAGUGUAGUGAUAACCUGCAGUGUGUGGAUGAUGUGUUGCGGUGCAAUGGGGUGAAGGAGUGUAAGGAUGGGAGCGACGAGGUGGGGUGUGAUGCGUGGAACUGCACCAAGGGGUUUCGCAAGUGCAAGGACCAGCUGCAGUGCGUGUCGAAGCUCAACUGGUGCAACAAAGUCAACGACUGCAAAGAUGGUUCUGAUGAGGCAUCCUGCGUUCCUCUCAACACACCGGACGGCACCGGUGGCGGCACUUUUGGCUCUGGCACUGGCGGGGGGGGUGCCGGCAAACCAGGGGGCGCAACCGGCGGCACUGGCACUGGCAACGGCGGCAGCACUGCUGGUAAGCCAGGUGGUGCUACCGGCAGUGGCGGCAACAAACCCGGUGGCACUGGCGGCACUGGCGGCACUGGCGGCACCGGCGGCACCGGUGGCACUGGCAACAAGGGAGGCACGGGAGGCAAACCAGGUGGAUCCGGCUCCCCUGGGGGUUCUGGAAAGACUCCUUCCCCGCCCAAGCCAUCCCCGCCCAAGCAAUCUCCGCCUAAGAAAUCCCCGCCUAAAACAACCCCUAAGCCACCGGCCAAGUCCCCUCCCAAGACGACUCCCAAGCCCCCUGCCAAGUCCCCUCCGAAAUCCCCACCCAGGACCACUCCCAAGCCGCCUACCAAGCAGGGACCCAAGCCUCCUGCUAAGAGCCCUCCACGCACACAGACCCCCUCAGCGGGAGCACCGGGGUCGGAUUCUGGUACGCGCAGGAAUGUUGCGCCCAAGUAUCCCGGGUCGCAGAAUGAUGGCAAGAGGAGCAUUACCAUCACCAUUCGACUUUGA